AUGAUUGGUUCAUCUAUGUCUUUAAUUAUUAGAUUAGAAUUAGCUGCUCCAGGACAACAAAUCUUACAUGGAAAUAAUCAAAUAUUCAAUGUAAUUGUAGCUGGUCAUGCUAUUGCUAUGAUUUUCUUCUUUGUAAUGCCUGCUAUUAUUGGUGGUUUUGGUAACUACUACCUUCCUUUAAUGAUUGGUGCUAGUGAUAUGUCAUUUGCUCGUUUAAAUAAUAUUAGUUUCUGA